AGCGCCGACGGACUGCACAGCAUCUCACCGGGAGAAAAAUGUUCCCUCCACCGCCCCAUCAUCAGUGCUGCCGUGCUCUGCAAAAGUGUUGUAAAAGGACCCACAACAUACGAGGACAGUAGUUUCUUCGACCAUUAAACUUGCUUUAGAAGAUUUGCAACUCCAAAAGUGUUUCAUAAGCCACCGGAAUUGGAAGUUAACAUUUGACAGGUGCUGAAAAUGGCAACAAGGUUCCUGCAGCUCCUUGCCUUGUGGACUACUGUGAUUGGCAUGGUGCAGUGUUGCCCAGAGCAAUGCAGCUGCCUGGACAAAUACACUCAUCAGUUUGCUGACUGCGCUUACAAAGACCUGCUCCUGGUACCUGUGGGUCUCCCCUCCAAUGUCACCACCCUGGGUCUUUCUGCCAAUAAGAUCAAAUUGUUGAAGAGUAAAAGCUUCGUUAAUGUCACUCAGGUGACCUCUCUCUGGCUGGCCCACAAUGAGAUAGUCACCAUAGAGACGGACACCUUCGCCCCACUGACCCAGCUUCGCAACCUGGACAUCAGCUACAACAAAAUUGUUUAUUUUCCGUGGGAGGAUCUGCACAACCUCACAGCCCUCCAGCUUCUGAAAAUGAAUAAUAAUGAGAUGAUUAACCUUCCCAAGGAUGCCUUUUCCAAUCUCAAGGAACUGAGGUCGCUACGCAUCAACAACAAUAAGUUCACUACCAUCGUGCAGGGCACUUUUGAUGCCCUCUCCUCCAUGUCCCACCUUCAGAUCUUUAACAAUCCAUUCAGCUGCUCCUGCAGCCUGGAAUGGCUGAGGGAUUGGAUCACAUCCACCAAGAUUUCUGUCCCAGAGGAGAGCUCCAUUUUAUGUGAGGCCCCUGAACACCUGAGAGGUGUGUUGGUUACAAAGAUGCCCAAACUCGACUGCAAGGCCCCCACUGUCAGUAUAACCUACCAGCCCAACAUUGAAAAUACAGAGAUCUAUGAGGGCUAUAUGGUUAUCUUAAACUGUGAGGCCAAAGGGAGCCCCAAACCAGAUGUCAGCUGGCAUGUGAAUGCGGGAAAUCAAAUGCUUCAUUUCACAUUGCCUUCCACUGCUGAGAGAAAUGAUGUGCCUAUCAAUGAUAAAACAAGCAACAAUCGAAUCCUCAUCUUUCAAAACGGCACCCUCAUUAUUCCUCGCAUGAGUAAAAAGGAAGAUGGAAAUUAUAGCUGCUCUGCUGCCAAUGAUUUAGGUAAGGCAGAGAUUAGUGUUAAAGUGACACUGGCCGGUACCCAAAAACAUGCCACCAACUCCAUGCUUGAUUCUACAGUGGAAAAGAUUCGUCCAGCUAUUAACAACCCUGCAGGUCCUAAGCUCUCCAAAAACAGUGUGACCAACUGGCCCAAGUUUGAAGAAAAGAGCAAGAACAUUGCCACUGGUUCAUCAGUCAAACAUGACAACACAGAGAAGACUGGUCAUGUUUCAGAGAACCCUUCUUUUGCAGGCAAGUGUGGUAUCAGUGAUGGGAAUGAAUACGUCUCCAACCACGCCUUCAACCUGAGCCUGGACGACCUCAAGCAGUAUACUUUUGAUUUUGGUGUCAUUGCGUUGGAAGUGUCAGAAACGCAGGCCAAAGUGCAGCUGAAUCCUCUUCAGCCUCCCAGUAGCAAGUCCAACCUUCACCUCAGUCACACUGAAAACCUGGAAACAGUCAACAAAGAGCCCUUUAGCUUAUACCAGUCCUCCACCAAUAAAACCCCUCUGGACAUGUUAUACCUCUGUGUAAACACAGGCAAUGGACACUCUAUAGUUAAGUGGUCCAAGAUAGAGGAGGGGGUUAAUGCCUAUCACUUCCAUGGUUUACAGCCUGGCACUAAUUACACACUCUGCCUCACCUAUGGGGGGCAGGACUGCCAAGUUCAAGUCGUCUUCACAACUAGGAAGAAAAUCCCCUCACUACUGAUCAUCGUGGUUGUCAGCACUUUCCUACUGGCUCUGGCCACCGUUCCUUUGCUGGGGGCCACUUGCUGCCAUUUGUUGUACAAGUACCAAGGAAAGACCUACAAGCUGAUUAUGAAGGCUCAGAAUCCGGAUCAGUUGGAGAAACAAAUGGCUGGAGAUUUUGAUCCCAGAGCGUCUUUUGUGGAAUCAGAGAAAAACUUCACCACCAGUGAGUUAGGAGAGGGAGAGGGAGAGGCCGAGGGAGAAGAAGGCGACGGAGAGGGAGACGGAGAGGGGAGCGUGGUGACGGAGUCCAUCCCUGCAUCCUCAUCCAAAACCAACCCGGAGGAAUUUGAGGUGGGCUCGGAGUACAGUGACAGGUUACCGCUGGGAGCCGAGGCAGUCAACAUCUCCGAGGAAAUCAACGGCAACUACAAGCAGCCAAGUCGCUGAGCACAGUUUCACUUCAGCGAGUAUAUUGUACCAUAUUUACUUUUAAGUAGCCUACAUUUAAGCAGGUAACUCACCUAUCAUUACUACACGUGAAAAAUGAUGGCCCCUGUAAAAAGGUGGAUCGUUUAUUUUACCUCAGAAAAUAUUCCGUCAGUCACUGGGAUUGUGAAUUGAUUCAUGUGGCAUUAGUGGUCGAUUUUUUGAGUAAAACAUGCAACACUUCAAAAAUGCUGUUUACAAUCCAAGCACAAAUUUGUACAAUCUAUGAGACCUCACAACGGAUAGGAAGGCAUCAAAAUGUCAUCAGGACGUAUAGGCAUGGACGCAGUUUGGGUAGCUGUGUGGCGAGGAUGUAUGGACACCCGCCACACUUGUCCAGAAAGUCCAAAAUUGAUGAUGCAGUUUUUAUCACCAUAUUGCAGAGCAAAGAUCAAGCACACACUGCCAGAAAUAAUAUUCGGAAGCCAUAUCUAUCUAAGCCUGUGCAAGAUAUUUAGUAAGCGACGUCUCACACUUUUUUUUCCACACGGAGAAAUAACAUCUUGUCAGUCAUCGGUGAUCUGACUGCACACGUCCAGGGAAAUUUCAUCGCUAUAAAAUCAGGUUUAGGCUUUUUUACAAGUUUUACUGGCCAGUGAUAUAAUAUGCAGGGAUUGUGCCAUAGCUCAUAUGUAAUAAAUAGUGCUGGACAGCUCCAGCAGCGAUGCCCUGCCUAUUGUCCUGCCACAUCAGAGGGGAAAUUCACUUCAGCUGUUGUAAAGGCGUGUGCUGUGCUUGGAGGCGAAAUCCCAGGUUAUAUACCAACAAAUGUUAAAUGUAAUGUAGGGCUUUAACAUGUGUGACUUUAACCUCUACACAACGGGUGCUUGCUAUACUCUCGCUUUUUACAAUGGUUUAAACGUAUCCAUGGCAUGUCACACGUAUUUCCUUGUGUGGUUUUUAUUAGUGCAGUCUAUAGGACUUUAGAUGUCGAUCUGUGAUGUAGGCUAAGCCAUGUGGAUUGAAAAUCUUCCUUUUUUUAUUCAUUUUAUUUUAUUUAUUUAUUUUUAUUACGAAGGUAAGUUUCUAUGAAGCAGCCUGUCGACAGAAAGACGCGGGUGAGCGUCUGGCGGCUUCUCUGUCUUGUAAUUUUAUGCCUAGUGAGUUUUUGUGAACUGUUGUAAAGAAAAGAAAAAUAAGCCCGUGAUCUUUUAACAUUUUUUGAUAUAAUUUUGUGUAAGUGGAAUUAAUAAAACGUUUAAAACUGU